UUCGAGAACGUUUGCUCGUUGUUUUUGUUGUUAGUACAUGCUAUUGAUAUUUAUGGAAUAUGCGUGGGGUGAAGUUAACAUAGUGCGAGGCUGGAGGUAGUAGUGAUAAUAGUUUAAUACAACAUAUAAGUAGCCUUUCGGCAUCCAGUAAUUGGCAUUUUAGAAUAAGACUCAACGAAUUCGGUGGCGUCUCAACCUAAUCGCAAAUACGGACAGAGAACAAGCCCGCAGAAAACGAAAUCUAGCAAAGAUCAGCAAACAAAUAUAUAGAGGCAGCGAUAUUUUCACACAAUGGGUGACAGUAAUAUAAUCAAAGCCGCCCAGUACGCCAUGUCGGGUCUGGACAAACUUUCUCUUGCGCCAGCACUACCGAACCCUACUGGUUCUUUCAGUGUGUCGCACUCGGAUAUCGAGGCUCUGACACCGAAUGGUACCCGUUCGUUCGUGCGUCUGUACUAUCCCAGCACAGAGGAGGGCUCCCCAUCGAAGUGGUUACCGGACUAUGAAUAUGGCGCAGGCUAUGGAGACUUCCUGAGUAUACCAAAAUGGAUCGUGGGAGGAGUAGCUAGCAGUGUGGUGGGCCACAUUAAUAUACCAGGUGGCAAGGACUCUCCACUUGAACCUCCACCGGCACCGGCGACCAAAUGGCCUGUGUUUGUGUUCUCACACGGAUUGGCGACAUGGCGAUCGCAUUAUUCUGCCACGUGCAACGAGUUGGCAUCACGGGGAGUGGUCGUGGUCAGUAUCGAGCACAGAGACGGCUCGGCGAUUGCGUCCGUGGCCGCUGAUGGCGAUGCUGAGGCGAAUGUCAAAUAUGAAAGUUUGGACGAGUUAAUUGAGAAGCUGCUUUUUGUCGGGGCUAGCGGGGGUCGACUGAGCAGUACAGAUUACUGGGCACAGAAUCUAAGCAAAAUUCGAAAUAUUGCCAGGAUGUCCGGUGGUGUUAAAGAAGGUGAUAGCAAGAAUGCCAUAGAUAGGUUACAGGACGCACGUGUGGUGUGGCUGGGUAUGAAGGGAGCUACGCACGUGGACUUCUCUGAUAUUGUAUUCUUCGCUCCGAACUGGGUGUACGCCACGUAUGACUACCUAUUAAUAGGUCCUGAUGGAUUGUCACCGGCUAUCAUACUGAAUCGCACCAUGACAGUAGCGUACGCCUUCAUUACCGCAGAUAUCGAUGCGAAGUCCAGCGUGUUCGUAGAUCCCGAAUACAGGUAA